UAAAUGAAAUGCCGUGUGUUUGGUUUGAAGACCCCCUAAAUAGAGAUUAGAGAGUGAGGGAGCCUAGGUAGGAGAAGAGAAAUAAAAGUGCUCUCUCCCGUCCUCCAUCCUUCAAUAUAGUGUGAACAUCAUAGUCAUCACCCCCAAUGUAGAGUAUGUCCAAAACCCUAAUUACUGACAAUACUCCAUUAUUAUAGCAGCAAGCAUUUCAAAGAAGAAAAUAUGUCUUCCCAGAGUUUGUUUUACAGGGCAAAGAUGCCUCCUGCCACUCCCAUUCUCUUAUUUAUCUACCUCAUUCUCUCCUUCUUCUCACCUCUAAUUGAUUCCCAACUCAAUCUUACCCUUCCAAACCAACACCCUUAUCCUGAAUCUGUUGUUCACCAACUUCACAGGAGGGUUAAUGAGUCCAGAUUACUAUUCCAGACAAUUGUAAGAGAUAGCAAAUGUCACAGUACAGGAAACCCAAUAGAUGAUUGCUGGCAAUGCGACCCAAACUGGGCCAAAGACCGGCAAAGGCUAGCAGACUGCUCCAUUGGUUUCGGUCAGAGUGCAAUGGGUGGGAAAGGAGGUCAGAUCUACGUAGUUAGAGACUCCUCCGACAGAGACACAGUCAACCCAAUUCCGGGCACGCUCCGUCACGCCGUAGUUCAAGAGGAGCCUCUUUGGAUCGUGUUUGCAGCAGACAUGGUUAUAAAGCUAAAGCACGAGCUUAUUAUCAACAACUACAAGACCAUCGACGGACGGGGAGCAAAUGUUCACAUCACCGGCAAUGGGUGUAUUACAUUACAGUAUGUGAGCCAUGUGAUUAUACAUAACGUUCAUAUUUACAAUUGUGUCCCUUCGGGUAAUACUAACAUACGGUCGAGCCCAACGCAUGUUGGGUGGAGAGGCAAAUCGGACGGUGAUGGUAUAUCCAUCUUUGGAUCUCAUAAUAUCUGGAUUGAUCACUGUGCAUUAUCUCAUUGUACCGACGGUUUGAUUGAUGCAAUCAUGGGGUCUACUGCUAUUACUAUAUCGAAUAACUAUUUUAGUCAUCAUGAUGAUGUUAUGCUCUUGGGACAUGAUGAUAAAUACUUGCCUGAUUCAGGAAUGCAGGUGACAAUUGCAUUCAAUCAUUUCGGAGAAGGAUUAGUGCAAAGAAUGCCAAGAAUUAGAAGAGGAUAUGUACAUGUGGUGAACAACGAUUUCACACACUGGCAAAUGUAUGCAAUUGGUGGAAGUGCUAAUCCUACCAUUAACAGUCAAGGAAAUCGAUAUACUGCUCCCGAUGAUCCAAAUUUGAAGGAGGUGACGAAGCGGGAGGACACAGACAAUGGGCAGUGGGAUGAAUGGAAUUGGAGGACGGACGGGGACACUAUGGUUAAUGGCGCAUUUUUUGUGCCUUCAGGGCAAGGCCUUAGCAACCAAUAUACCAAAGCCUACAGCGUUGAUCCCAAAUCCGCCCUUCUAAUCAACCAGCUCACCGCCAAUGCUGGUGUCCUUGGUGGCCCCAGGGACAAUAGCAUAAGCAUCUUACCCCAAGUGGGCGGCGGCACUAGUGAAGGAAGCGGCAGGGGUCAUGACCAGUCCAAUAGCGGCAGUGUCGACUUGUUCGGAAUGAUAUUCAGCGGUACUGGUGCAUCUGCAGCAGCACCACCAACAACCACCCCUAUCUUAUUCUCCUUUUUCAUUCUUCUCACUUUGUACAUCAUAACUAUCACCACUCAAUUAUCAAAACCAUUCUUACACUUGCUAUAGCAUUUUAGGGUCACCACCACAUUAUUAUUAUUAUUAUUAUUAUUCAACAUUUUGUACAUUAGUUGAUUGGUUGGAAUAUCAGAGAUUAGUUGUUGCCUU